AUGAUUGGAUCGUAUAAAUUCAACGUCACCUUGCUGAGCACCUUCCUCAGCGCCCUGAUGCUGAGCACACUGCCCUGUCCCCAAUCUGCGCCCCGCGAAAGGAGUCUCUCGGAGCUGUCGCUCUAUUUGCAGAGUUUCACAGAAGCAGAGAACCACAAAUUGGGUAAAUUCCAACCCCGCGAUUAUGACGUGAACGAACGGAAUUCCCACUAUGGGAGGGAAGACAAUUAUAACAAUGAAUAUGAGAAGGAAGAAGCCACAUUAUUCGAUGACCACGUAUACAGAAAGGAAGGGUACGACUUAGCCCCCGUGAACAACAACAGUCUCUGCGACAUGUCCAAUUUCUAUGAAAAUCAGAGUAUAGAUAUUUAUCCAAAUGGGAAAAAAUUGAAAAUUGGAAGCGAAAUUGCUUUAUCUAUGCUUAAGGAAAAUGAAAUUAUUAUAAACAAAUUCAGCACAUCCGGUGGACUACCUUUUGGAUGUACUCAAUGGGAUCUUUCGCAAAUUCUGACGAACAAACAAAUUUUAAAAAAGGUAACUUAUAUAGCGUUAGAUAUAGGUGUACGUAAAGCCUACAUCGGUUACUACUACUUUAUUAUUUAUUUAAACAGAUACUACUACAAGAUGGUGCAAAAAUUGGGCACGUGGUUCAUGAAUUUAGCGCAGCUAUAUAACACACCUGACCACGUUCGAGCAGUGUACUGGGCGGAGUGUAAGAAAUAUCUAAUCAAGGACUUGGAAGUAAUACAGGAAAAAUCCACAAAUUAUUUCAAUACACUUAUAAGUGCCUACUAUAAAGUGUCCAUUGUAUACUAUAAGUUGUUCUUGGUGCGCUGUAGAAAAUUGUGGAAAAGGGUUAUAUUGAAUAACAGGAUAAAAUGGAGCCGCAUAUUGUCCUCGUGGGUCGCGCAAUAUAAUAAAGAGAUGAAACUCAGGGAACGAGAAAACAGAAUUCGGGAGAGAAGAGACUACCAUACCGAUGGCGAGCUCAGAGAAAAUGCGGAGGAGACUACGGAGAGACACCAACAUGUACCACAGGAAGACAGCGAAGAAGUUGAUGAUCUGAUUUACUGGUAA